GGCGGUGCAGGGUGUCACUGCAGAGGUGAACGUUCCUCCACUUAGGAAAAUGCCGGCGAGCAGCUGAGGAUUGUUCAAACUGUUUCAUCCUUCUUCUGAAGUGGACCUUCUUUUAGAGUAAAAACGAGGAGAGGUGGAGCAGCACGGACACACCUGUACCUGAGAUAUUAAGAUGAGCGCAGACUCAGUGGAACAGUCGGAGGCUGCAGCCGAGCAGGCAGGUCACUGCGGUGUUGGAGAGAAGUACUGCUCAGAAGGCACGUACUGUAUUAGAGCCUAUUCUCUCAUGAAGGCAACAAUGGCUGAAGCAUUUGAGCAAAACAGCAUCAACUUCAGUCGACAAAUAAAGACAGAGAACAUCAACGAUUCACCUCAUUUAACCUCCACACUGAAGACAUGUCACCUGACUCAGAGCUCUGCAGUGCCUGUAGGUCAGAUGCCUGGGGAGUUGACCUCGCUCCACACGAUGCAGCAGCUGGUUCUGAUGCCACCGUCUCACCUGCCGGCUCCCUCCUCGUUCCUGCUCUCACAGAGUCCCACCGGACACCAAGCUGUCCUGCAGCAGAACCUUCUCUCUCUCCCCAGCCACAGUCCAAGUGGUCUUCUCCAGCAUCAGCCUGGCCUGGCUCUGACUCCACAGGCCAUGAGCCGCUCAGGUCUGGCAGGACCGUCCAUGGAGACGCACAUGGACAUGUCUCACCUGCAGAUGCCCAAACACAUGUCAGUGCCGUCACAGGAGGAGCCCAGCGACCUGGAGGAGCUGGAACAGUUCGCUAAAGCAUUCAAACAGAGACGCAUCAAACUGGGCUUCACUCAGGGAGACGUGGGCCUUGCCAUGGGGAAACUGUACGGGAACGACUUCAGCCAGACGACCAUCUCUCGCUUUGAGGCUCUCAACCUCAGCUUCAAGAACAUGUGCAAGCUCAAGCCUCUGCUGGAGAAAUGGCUGAGUGACGCAGAGAACUCGCCGUCCGACUCGAUGAGUAACUCGUCCUCUCUGCCGCCGCUGAUGGAGGGAUACGGCCGCAAGAGGAAAAAGAGGACGAGCAUCGAAACCAACAUCAAGCUGACGCUGGAGAAACGCUUCCUCGACAACCCAAAGCCAAACUCUGAGGAGAUCACGCUGAUCUCUGAGCAGCUGUCCAUGGAGAAAGAGGUGGUUCGGGUUUGGUUCUGUAAUCGGCGUCAGAAGGAGAAGAGGAUCUACUCCCCAGUGACCAGUUUACCCGUCAAGUCACAUCACUUUAACUCCAGGAUGGCACCAGCCUCCAGAUCCUACAGCCCUCUGACUUCAGGCGGAGUUUCGUCAAACUCGUCCCCGAACAGCGUGAGCCGUGAAGCGUCUCCUAACAGUCUGUCCAAUGUCUCUGUGUCUCUGAUGUCUCAGGCUAAUCCCACUUCCUACAACACACCCAGCUCCUGGUACCGCACUUGGAAUCCUGCUGCAUAUCAUCACUGAUAGAACAGGUACUCUGUCCCAUGAAGCUUCUUUUUUUUGUUUGUUUUUUUGUUUUUUCCGCCCUGUUAUGAACGGGGAAAACAACCACAGGUUUAAAACGUCAGCACAGAGAGAGAGAGAGAGAGAGAAGAAACAGCCCCGAGCUGUUUGAUUUCUGCUCACGUGACUCUUUCCUCUACUUAAUUCAGCCGCAAAUAUGAAGAAGAACUCACGGAAAAAGCACCAUGAUGAUGAUGAUGAUGAUGAUGAUGAUGAUAGAGAAGCAUCAUAAACAAUUCUCCACACUCACAGUUCAUCUGCUGAAGGAUUCACAUGUAGAUUCUAUAAGAUUGUGAUUCCUUUAUACUGUUUUUUUUUAAUGUUUGUAUUAUUCUAGUGUUGUUGUAUUAGUUUCACUCAAAGCUGCGUACUGCUCGCCUGUCUAAAUAAAUAUGCAGUCACAGGUCUUUUAAUUUCAUCGUUUUAGUUCUUUGAAGGUGCUU